AUGUAUGGCUAUCGCGGCCGGACCGGGCCAUCGAAGACUCCGCCAAAUGUGCAAUGCCAGAAGUGUUCGUGGCUGACAGCCGCAGAACGCCAUUACUCGUAUGAGUGCAAAGCGGCCCCUCAGGAGCGGCCCUACGUUGCCAGGCCUUCUCGAACACAGCAGUUGUUUAAUCCUAAAUUGCUCCCAAAGCUCGCAAGUGAGACGCCUAACGCCCUUCAAGAGAGGCAAGGCGUGGCUGAUGAGGAACUGGCCAAGAGAGAAGCGGAAAGGGCACGGAAACGCGCGCGGGAGGCUGAGGAGGAUGACGCGUUGACGGACUCGCCGUCACCCAGACGGCACAGGUCGCCAUCUUGUGAUUCAGUCUCUAGUAUAUCUACUCGAUCUCCGUCCCCAGCACCCAAGAGGAGCCGCACACCCGAGCGUCGAGAGAGACGGCGGUAUUCUCCGAGCCCCUCGCCUCAGCAUCGUCGGGGUCGUCAGCCGUCUUAUGACUCAGACGACGGCUACUCCCGCGGUCCCUCGGAAAGGCCCGAGCCUGGCUACCGAGCCCCUGCUUCACGCGGGUCACGUUCCCCUUCGCCGCGCCGACGUCCGUCCCCUCGGCGCGAGCGCGGCGGCCGCGACUCUAGACGGCACGGCUCCCCCGGGUCGCACGCCCGUGGGAGAGACGCGCAUGCGAGGCGCGCAUACUCUCCAUCGAGAUCCAGAUCCCCAUCGAGACGGGAUGAGGAGAGAGAGCGGCAUGGUGCUGGACGUUACCGCGACCGGGAGGACCGAAGCUUCCAGGGGCGGAGGAGUCCGUCGCCGCUGCCGCCGCCCCGACAGCCUUCUCCUACGAGGGAGAGAAGUCUCAGCCCUUUCAGCAAGCGGUUAGCUCUGACGCAGGCCAUGAACAGGGGUAGAUAG